AUGAAUAAUCAAGACCCUGAUGCGAGAGACAUACUUUAUACUGACUUCCCAUUAUACUAUAUAUGGAAUAAGACAAUAAGAUCUUGGAAGAGACGUCAGCGAGAAGGUUGUAUUGGAAGAAUUUACAUGGCUUAUCCAUGUGAAGGCAAACAUUCGAAAACUGUUAGUGAUUUUGAUCUGCUAGAGUUAGUGCCUGAAAUUAAUACUGAAGAAUUACCAGAUUUGGUCAUACAAGAACUAGAUUAUCAAUUUGCUCCUGAUGAUCUUGCCAAGGCAAAUACUUUGAACGAAGGCCAACGUGCAAUAUUCAAUGAAGUA